GUUGUCACCAUUUGCUUUUGCCAUCCUCUACAUAGAGACCAAGAGAGAGAGACAGAGAGCAACAAUGGCAGAUCUUGCCAUUGGGAUUUCCAAGACGGUGGUUGAGAAGCUGGUGAACAAGGUCAGGUCCGCUGUCAAGGAAGAGGCGGAGAAAUGGCAGAUCCUGCAGCGUGACAUUGUUUUCAUCAAGGACGAAUUCGAGAUGAUGCAAUCCUUCCUCAACACCACCGGGCGGGAGCGCAUGAAGAACCAGGUAGCAAGGACUUGGGUGAGGCAGGUUCGUGACCUGUCUUACGACACUGAAGACUGCAUCGAGUUCGUCCUUCACCUGGACACAAAGCGGGCGACCUUCUUCUGGCAAUUCUUCCGCUUACUGAAGCCCAAGGUGGUACCAGCAGCGCUGCCGCUGGACCAAGCCGUCGCCGAGAUAAAGCAACUCAAGGCCCAAGCUGAGGAUGUGAACCAAAGGAACAUACGCUACAGCCUCACCGGCAGCUCUGGAGAUCAGCAGAUGCUGCCAGCUCCUGCUGCCAGCAAGAGGACCCUGGACAUCUUCAUCAAGCCCAGGGAUGGCUUUGAUAAUCAGGCAGGCACUUUGGACCUCGCCAGAUUGAUAAAACGGGAGGGCAAGGAACUUCAAGUGAUUGCCGUGUGUGGAACAGGAGGAGAUCUUGGGACAACAUCCAUCAUCAAGAAGGCAUAUGACGAGCCUGAAAUCUGUGGCAUGUUUCCAUGUCGCGCUUGGGUGAAGCUGAUGCAUCCUUUCAGUCCCCAUGAGUUCAUCCGGAGCUUGUUGGUUGAGUUCAGCACAAAUUCUUACAAGACCCAAGAGCCCAAUACCGAAGGGCUCAAGAUCCAAGAGCCCAAUACCCAAGGGCCCAAGACCCAAGAGCCCAAGACCCAAGAGCCCAAGACCAAAGAUCCAAAGACACAAGAAGAACCCAAUACCCAAGAGCAAAAGACCCAAGAGCCCAAUAUCCAAGAGCAAGGAGUUUUAGAAUUAGAAGUACAAGAGCAAGAGCAAGAGCAAGGAGUUAACACCGGAAGUCUGCAACAAGUGCUGGAGGUGAUGAAGGCAACCCAAGAAAGUAUGCUUGCAGAAUUCAUGGGGAGAAUCAAGGAGAAGCCAUACCUCAUCGUCCUAGAAGGUCUCUCCACCAUCGUGGAGUGGAAUGCCAUCAAGACAUUUCUUCUAGACAUGAAGAAUGAGAGCCGAGUUGUUGUGUCAACGCAGCAGGUUGAGAUGGCAAGCCUGUGCGCGGGACAGCCAUACCACGUAUGGUUGCUCCGGGAGUUCUCAACUGAGCACUCCGUCUACGCCUUCUCAAACUCAAAGGACCUUCCCAAAAAAACACUGGUUAAUGAAGCUACCACAUUGGACAAGUGUUUGAGUGACGAGGACACAGAGUCCUCAGACCAUUGGCUGAAAGUACAAACACACAGUGUGGUCUCCGUCUGCGGGGUGGCUGGUGCUGGGAAAUCUUUUCUCGCCCAAGUCCUCCAUACCCAUUAUAGUCCUCGAGCUCAUGGUUGGCACCAUGGAAGCUACGUUGUUAAUGUACCCCAUCCGUUCGAUAUCACGGACUUCUGUGAGAGCUUGUAUCUUGAAAUCUUCUCAACACCACCAAAAGAAGGCGAAGAUAUCUUCCGGAUGUGUUGGAAACAUCUUGAGCAAAAACCGUGCCUUGUUUUUAUUGACGGCUUGCGGUCCAAGGAAGAUUGGGACUUGAUAGAAGCUAACUUGAUACCGGCUGUACCAUUGUUAUCUUUCCCUUUUGGAGGCUGUACCAUUGUUAUUACCAGGGAAGAAAGUGUUGCCAGACAUUGUGCAACGUCACCUGAUGCAGUGUGCCGGGUCAAAGGUCUAGAAGCUGAUGCGGCCCGUCAUCUCUUCCAGGACACCUUUAAACCUGACGGAAUCUCUAAGGGCGAUUCUAACAUGAUGGCUGAAGCAGAUCUUAUCAUAGACAAGUGUGGCAGACUUCCCAAACUAAUAGUUGCUUUAGCUGAGUACUUGGCCGAAGUACCAAACGUCAUACGGGAGGCCCGGCGUCUGAAUGCCAACUUUAUGUAUGCACUGAAGACGACCAGGAAGGGACUUGAUAGCUUCCGGGACGUAUUCACCUGGAUGUAUUCAAGAUUUCAGGCUUGUCAUCAACUACUCAGGAAAUGCAUCUUCUAUCUGUCACUAUUUACUCAAAGCAGUAUCAUUCGUCAGAAUCGUUUGGUGAGGCGGUGGAUUGCAGAGGGCUACUCUGAGGGCACUGACAGCAACAGCAUGGUGGAAUAUACAGAGAAGCUCAUCCACGAGCUUAUCACCAUUGGCAUGAUGGAGACACAUACCAAGGCCGGUGACAUGAGAAUGACUUCUUGUCAGAUCAACUCAUUGUUCCUGGACUACUUCAUCUCAAGGGAGAUGGAAGAGAACAUUUUCCUUCCACUAGAGGUCUCCGUACUGGUGCAGGACAGCACGAUGAACACACAACGUGCAGGACAACACCUGGCAAUAGGGAGCAGCUGGAAGAGGGACAAGUUUGUGUUUGAAAGCUUGGACUUCUCACGGCUGCGGUCUUUGACUGUAUCCAGAGAGUGGAAGCCAUUCUUCAUAUCUGACAGGAUGAGAGUGCUUCGAGUUCUCGAUCUGGAGGACACAAGUAUAACAGAUGAUGAUGUCGAAGAAAUAGUGAAGAAGCUGCCUCGCCUCAAGUUCCUCUCCCUGAGAAGAUGCACAAAGGUUUCUUGCCUGCCAGAUCUGUUAGGUAACCUGAGGCAGCUCCAAUCUCUGGACAUAAAGCACACCUCUGUGACUAAGCUUCCUAAGAGCAUCAUCAAGCUGCAGAAACUUCAGUAUAUUAAUGCCGGCACGAAGGUAGCGGCGUUGACUGACGACGAGCCCUCAACACCACGGAGGAUUAUUAGGCAUGGACAUGUUGUUGCUUGUGAUGGCGUCAUGGUGCCUGGAGGAAUUGGGGCACUGGUCGCCAUGCACACACUGGGUGUUAUCAACGUCAACACAAGAGGUGGUUGGGCCACCCUGAAGGAGCUCAAGAAUCUGACCCAACUCCAUAAGCUAGGAGUAUCUGGCAUCAGUAGGAGUAACUUCAAGGGGUUGUUUUCUGCUAUAGUGGGCCAUAACCAUUUGGAAUCCCUAUCGCUGCAGCUCCACAUGGACAAGGAUUUGGACUGGUUGGCUAAACUCACCCCUCCAGGGAACCUACAACGUCUCAAAAUACACGUACAUGUAGAAAAAUACGCACACUGGAGCUGCCUACAGGCCCUUGGGCAGGUGAGAAGGCUGCAGACCCUUAGCUUUCGUUUCAAAACGGAACAAGAUGUUGAGCUCCAGUUCAGUGACAUGAUGGACAGUGGCACCUGGUAUGCACCCAACCAAUUCUGUGAACUCAAGGUCCUCGAGAUAGCUUGCAGCUCCAACCUACAUGUCAAGUUCGCAGAAAAUGAGAUGACUGAACUUGAGCUGCUCAAGGUUCACUGCUUGGAAGGGUCGUCGCUCAAGUUUUCUGGGAUAGAGCGUCCAGCUAAACUCAAGUAUGUGUGGCUCAAGGGUUCUUUUGACGACACAGUCAAGGCAGAAUUGCGGCAGAAAGUUAAGCAGCAUCAGAACAAACAUCUUGAUUUGAAACUGGAGUAACAAUGUUUAUCCGGAUAAUGGUGGUUGCUGCAGGUCCACACUCUUCUGGCUGGUGCAUAUUAUUUUAUUUCUCUUUGUCCGAUCCUCUCAAUACUCUUUACUUCCUAUCUUCUCAACCAAAACUAGACAGGUAGUCACUCAAUUUCAAAUUCUCAAAUUGUAAGUAUCUAGAUGUAUUGUAUAUCUAAGUGUGUAGCAAGAACUAUGUAAGAAAAAUAAAGGCGAAACAAAGUGCAUAUUGACAUUAGUAAGCCUACAGCUAGUGUAUCUUGUAAUUUACUUUUACUCCAUCUAGUAGUUGCCUUGGCUUCCAAGUAAAUGAGAAAACUUGGCAUCCAAGUAGUCUAAGGCAUCUUUGCUUUAUGCAAGGAAUAUGCUAGGGGUAGUGGGUGGUCUGCUCUACAAAAGCAAGGCAACCGCACAUGGUCUGUAACUGAACCGAGAGCUUUGCUAUUUUCAAUUCAA